UGGCGAGAAUAGAUUGUCACCUGUCAAGCAGAGGUUAUCAAUCAAAUCAACUUAGAUUUGUUAAAUUUAAAAACGGCUUUCGUGGAAAUAGGUGUCAUCAAUUUUAACUUUCAGUUAAUAAUUAUUGGACUUUGCAGCCCAUCUCUUGUUGUUAACUAAAUAAUCAUGGAGCCUAUGACUUUAGGAAGUCCAACGCAUUCUCCAUCAGGAAGCCCUAACGUGGGAUAUUUACCGCCGUUCCUCUUAGGUGAAAUAAAUCCCCCUACGACCCCUCGUACUAACAGUUUAUCACCUACUAAAGGGCGAAGUCUUGCGUUCGGUUCUCCCACGAGUCCCACUCAGACUUCGACACCAGACCAAAAAUUGUUCAGACAUAGUAUGACAAUGCAUCAGCAAGCCAUUUACAAUCAACAAAACCUUUACUCUAACAUACCAACUUCCCCGAACAUAUCCUACUCUAAUAAAUCUAACGGGCCGCCUAUAGAAGACCUCUUUGACACAAUAAAAAGCAAUGAACCAACAAACAAGACAUUCCAAGACAGUUUUCUUGGUUAUGGAAACAAUAACUCGAUGCUACAGAAUUCCUAUGUAAAUAAUAUUAAUGGAUCAAUGAAUAAUCAGUCUCUGGUGAAUCAGUGGCAAGAUGGAUGUCAAGAACAGGAUGAAUACUGGAUUACAAUUUUUGGGUUCCCUCCGAAUGCAGCCAAUACUAUUUUAGCAAGGUUUAGCAACUGUGGUGCUAUUCUAGACAAACAAUAUCCCACUCAAGGCAACUGGGCUCAUGUUAGGUACGCCACUCGAGCCGAGAAGGAGCGCGCCAUGGCACUCAGCGGGCGACAAGUGCUGCCCGGGGUUAUGGUGGGCGUCGUGGAGUGCAAGGAGCCUCCCAGAAUAGUCUCCAGUCCGGGAGUCGCCUCACCAGAAAGGCAAACAACUGGCGCCAGGUCGCUAUGUCCCACACCCAUUCCCUCAGCGCCGGUGCCGCAGAGAUCAAGCGGACUUAUUUCAAAAGCCCUAGACUACGUACUGGGCUGGUGACACAUGUUGACUGUGACGCACUCCGCUGAUCAAUGGAACCAACUGACUGAAUAAGUUUUGUGAUUGUACAGCAAGAUAGGACUUUGAAAUUCCACAGCAAAUUAGCAUUUUGCAGUUAUUUCAAAUAAUACAAUCAGGUUUUAUUACGAAAUAAGGACAUUUAUUUUCCCAUAGGAUUGGAUCCUUAUGGAUCAGAUGGUGUACUAGUUUUUUUUCAAAUGAGGUGUAAAAAUGUUAAAAUUUGUGACUGAAGUCUUGAUAAAUGGAUGAACUGAGAAUUUUUUCACAGAAAUUUCUUGAUGUUCUGUUACAUAGUAUGUAGUAAGAAUUUUUAAUUUCAAUAUGAAUUUGUUUGCUUUAUAAAUCUUCACAAAAUGUAUAUAUUUUUUUACACAACUUGGAA